AUGAUGUGCCUGGAGAGCGGCGGCUCCGCGGCCGGCAGCCCGGGCUGCAGCGGGCGGCUGCGAGCGGGGGACGAGGAGGAAGAGGAGGAGGGGGAGCGGGGCUGCUGCGGCCGGAGCGCCGAGGGCGAGGUGCAGACCCUGUCGGGCAGCAUGAACCCCCCGCCCGCGGGCAAGAGCCCCGAGCGCCUGGCCCCCCGCCACAAGCCCCCCAGCCUGGGCAGGGCCCGGGUAGCGGCCGCCGGCAUCCUCAGCGUGGGCAACGUGCUCAACUACCUGGACAGGUACACGGUGGCAGGUGUAUUACUAGAUAUCCAGCAGCAUUUUGGAGUUAAAGACAGUGGCGCUGGCUUGCUACAGACAGUUUUCAUCUGUAGUUUCAUGGUGGCAGCACCUAUAUUUGGUUACCUUGGUGACCGCUUCAAUAGGAAGAUCAUUCUCAGCUGCGGGAUCUUCUUCUGGUCAGCUAUCACCUUUUCAAGCUCCUUCAUCACCGAGCAGUAUUUCUGGCUCCUCGUCCUCUCACGAGGUUUGGUUGGCAUCGGUGAAGCCAGUUAUUCCACCAUCGCUCCCACCAUCAUAGGAGACCUUUUCACCAAAAACACCAGAACCUUCAUGCUGUCUGUCUUCUACUUUGCAAUCCCUCUUGGCAGUGGUUUGGGAUACAUCACUGGAUCAAGUGUGAAGCAAGUAGCAGGAGACUGGCAUUGGGCGUUGCGGGUAUCUCCACUCCUAGGCAUGAUAACAGGGACACUCAUCUUGAUAUUUGUACCUGUUGCUAAGAGAGGCAAUGUGGAACAGCUGGGGGGACAGCUGAAGGCUCGGACCUCAUGGCUAAGAGACAUGAAGGCACUGCUCAGAAACCGCAGCUAUGUGUUCUCGUCGCUGGCCACCUCCGCCGUCUCCUUUGCCACAGGGGCGCUGGGUAUGUGGAUCCCCCUCUACCUUCACAGGGCACAAGUUGUGCAGAAGACUGUCGACACCUGCAGUUCAGAGCCCUGUGGCACCAAGGACAGUUUGAUCUUCGGAGCAAUCACAUGCUUCACUGGUUUUCUGGGCGUGAUCACCGGGGCUGGGGCAACCAAAUGGUGCCGGUUAAAAACCCAGCGAGCUGACCCCCUGGUCUGUGCCGUCGGCAUGUUAGGGUCGGCCAUCUUCAUCUGUCUGAUCUUCGUUGCUGCCAAGAGCAGUAUUGUGGGAGCCUAUAUUUGCAUUUUUAUCGGAGAAACUCUUCUGUUUUCAAACUGGGCAAUCACAGCUGACAUACUAAUGUAUGUGGUUAUCCCGACACGACGCGCGACCGCAGUGGCCUUGCAGAGCUUCACUUCUCACCUACUGGGAGAUGCUGGCAGCCCCUACCUGAUUGGAUUUAUCUCAGAUCUGAUACAACAAAGCACAAAGGAGUCCCCGCUCUGGGAGUUCCUGAGUCUGGGCUAUGCGCUCAUGCUCUGCCCAUUUGUCGUCGUCCUUGGAGGGAUGUUUUUCCUGGCCACGGCCCUCUUCUUUCUAAACGACCGCACCAAAGCUGAACAACAGGUGAAUCAACUGAUGAUGCCACCAGCCUCUGUGAAAGUCUGAGACGCUGACAUUAUGAAUGAUGAAGGAAAUGCUGUGUGGACUCCAGCUCCCACAACCACCACUCCAACCUCCUGCUAGGAAACUUCAGUACUGGACACAAGCAAAAGUUCCAGCUCCGGGCUGCAUUUGGAGUCUUAUCGAGUGCUAAACUAAUGACGUCACUCUAACCAGCUGCUGGGUCAGGGUCAAAGACACAAAUGGGGAUGGCCUAGCUCUCAGGGCUGCUAAGCCUAAGGAUAUUGUAGGGUUUCCCCACAUUGGUGAGUGUCCAAAGAGCCCACCACCACACUACCCCGGGUGUGUGACUGUACAUUGUGUAUACAGUUUUAGGUUUAGCCAGUGAAGAAGUCUACGUUGCAUACAGGGCAACUUCCGUCCUAUUAAAUGCUGCCAGUUCUGUUAGCCAGAUACUAUGCUAGCUGGGGACCUUUUCUGUACAUCACAGCUUUACAAAGUGAAGGCUCAACCCAGAUUUCUUUAAUUAUUAUUUAAACAAAUCAGAGGAUGCUUUAUCUUCAUGAAAGACAUUAAAUACAACUCUAUCAAAUCUCUGUUUAAGUUGACCAUCUCGAAAGGCCCAUGCACCUGUACUGGAUAUGAAAGCUUCCACUGUGUUGCAGCAUCUAUCUCCAAGAGGGCUCCAAGGGAGCAUUCAGAAAGUAUGGCACAGACCUUCAAGCAACAGCAUCCUGCUUAAGGGAGUACCGGAGGAGCUAGCAUGGACAUCCAUCUCUUAUUCUUGAGCAGCUCGGAGGAGUAAACAUCUCUCCCUGCACAAGGUGUUCUUUGGGAUUGUUACAGAAGAGCCAGGAAAACCACGGUCAGUGAUAUCUGGUGGCUUCCAGUUUUGUUGAACACACUUAGUUUCAGUUCCAGGUAGAAGGAGGUUUGCAGAAUACCAAAAUCCAGAGAUUAAUUGCUUUAUGUGGGGUCUGGUAUUGGUGCCCUGAUGUGCCAGUGAUGGUCUGUCUUUGUUUACAUGCAUAUAAUGUUCAUCAUUAGGCAUGGUGCAAAAACUAAUCAUUUUUUCCAGUAUUUUCAGGCACAUUUAUGAUGAUAUAAGCUUUGUUUUCUAUCCAGCAACUGCAAUUUAUAGAAGGAUCUUAAGAUUCAAUGCACACCCCAUUUCCCCUCCCCACCGUCCUACUGUUGUGGUUUGCUCCCUCCGAUGGGAGCGACUAUAUUACUUAAAUUCACUUUGAUCUUACAAAAUGUAACUGGGAUUUUCUUUUUUAAUACACAAGUCUAAACUAAGUUAGUAAGAAGUGAGCCAUCUCUUAGCUGAUUUUGUUUUCACCAAGGGAUCUUGUUUCUUGCAGUUGACAUUCAAGUAUAAAAUGUAUACUACACCAGCAUGGAACAUUUAACAGCUGUGAGGCAACUAAGUGCUACCACCACCAGAAAAAUAUCAGAUUGCCAAUCACCUUUUCUGUUUAGGCUUAUACUUUUUUUCUAAAUUUACCUACAUAUCACUGUAAAAUGUAUGUAGGCCUCAGACCCUUUCAAACUCUGGCCAGGGCUGGAUUGGAAACAAUACUAAAUUAGCAAAGGCAUUACCAGCCCUGGGAUGGUUUUAAUAAUCUCAAAAACACUGAUUAAUUUAUGCUGUCAUUGGCUAGUGUCUCAUCCUUUCAAGCAGCACUGCAGUGACUGUAUAUAUGACCCCUGCAUUAAGUAAUUAGUGUCCACCACAAUUUAAAAUACUUCCUGUCUUUUCACUUCUGUGCUCUGCAGUGAAAACACAAGAGAGGGCAGAUACUUCCACUUACCAGCAGCCUGGUCAAAAACAGCCACAUUAACAAUAUUCCUUUUAAAAACCAGACUGACCAGAAAUAUCUGUUAAUAAUCCGCUUGGAAUUAACAAGACCAGCUCUUAACUGUAGUUGGGGCUAGGAGGUGGUUUAUCUGGGAUAACCUACCAAAGGAAUGAGAGCAAUACAGGCCCUUCAGGCUGGCUAACAGUAAUGCUAGAGAAACUAGCAGUGCCUGGGUAACCUUAAUAGAGAGGUUAGUGACCCCUAUGUGUGUGCUAAAACAAAUCUCACAGGAUGUUCUUUUAAUUUCUUCUAAACUGUGCCAAUAAGGUUUAAAUAAAUGCUUGUUAUGGAAGUGCCCUAUAGAAUUCUCUGGCAAAACCUAUGUUUCCUCCUUAUGAAUUCUAUAGGAUGAAUCUGCAAAGGCUGCUUUUCACUAGGAUACUCUUAAAUGGUGGUUUUUGUUUUUUACUCACCCUAUAAGAAAUACUUUUAAACAAUUGGAGACAGAAGCCCCACUACUGGCCCAUCCUCAGGAGAGCAGCAAAUGCGCUUUUGCGCCACUAAAAUAAAUAACCAAAGCAAGUUCAAAACAAUGCUUCAUUUCCCAUCUCGUACGUUGCUCGGGGAGAUGUCAAUGCUGGCAGUCUGGCUAGCCAAAGGCCUGAAUUAGAAGCACAUGAAUUUUUUGUGCUGCUCAUUAAGAUGUUAAUUUAUGUAAAACAAAAAAACAAACAACAAUUAGUCACUUGAUCUCAGAGGCCAAGGGAAAAUUAGCUGAAUUUCCUAAAUUAUUAUUUCAGGUGCUUUGUCUUAAAAGUUACAGCACGUCGGCGUUUACUGUGAUUUUAUUCCCAUAAAUUGCAAUGGAAAGAGAGCCAAAUACACCUUCAUUUGAUGACAGCUUCGUCUCCUUGGUAGGAAGGGCUGACCUCCCUUCCUAUGAAACAAGGUCCAGUUCAGCCAAUGGAGAAUUAAUUCCCCUCACACACACGAUCCUUCACUGAUUGAAUUAUUCUCCUGUUGGAGGACAAGAGCUGGCACCAAGGAGGUAGAGUAGAGAGCCGUGAGAACUAAGGGAGGGGAAGGAGCAGGGAAUUUGGAAUCCCCAUACUGAGGCUGUCACUGCCCUGUUACAGAUCAUGAUCCAUAUUCAGCCACCUGAAGAGACGAAGGUAUUUUUUGAGUUGUAGCUACAUAUUUCUAUUCUGGGAUGGAAUUUUUCAAGCAUUGUUCUAUUAGAGCUUCUAUUAAAUAUUUAUUCUCUUAGAAAGAAACCAGAUAAUUAGGAUAAAGGCAGUAACAAAGCUCUGAGUCAAAUUAAGCUUUCCAACCACUCUCAAAAGGAGAGGUUUGAAAAACACUAAAGAGCAGGUGGUUGGGUACAGCUUACCUUCUGCUGUAACAUUCUGGGUGUCUGCUAGAACCUGCUCCCUCUUGAGAGGGCUGCAUAUUUCUGUUGACAGAAAGAGUGAGGGUCCAAGUCCAGCUCUGCCACUUGGACUGCAGGCAAGUCACUACCUCUCUGCUUGUUUCUUCAGCUGUAAACUGGACCCAUGAGCACUGUAUCAAGGAAGUAUGCUCUUCCCUACCCCCAUCUCAAACAUCCAAUUCCAGUAUUGUGGUGCAGUGCGCCAAACACUGGUGUUACCCUUCAGUACUAGACUCAUCCUCCUCUCCCACGUGCAGAGUUUACUAGGGCAGGGUCUUUAGUUUUGACAAAGCGAUUAUGAGUUUUCCUGAGGCAUUUCUGUGGGGAAAAGUCAUAUAGAAACAGAGAAUGUGGUGAAUGGUGUUUUGCACCACAAUCCAAAUUGUUUAAUGGGAUCUUGUCACUUAACAGCUAGAACUGUGGACUUAUUAUUUAACACUCACUCAGCAAAAGUUUAGCCUUGCCUUGUGUGUAGCUGCAGUUGUGGGGAGAGGGAGGAUGUGAAGGUAGAAUGGGGGAGCCUUUCAUUUCUGAACAGACAACUAGCUCAAUGUGCCAGUCUCUGAAAUCUGCAGAAAGAUGGGGUUUGUAUGAAAUCACUUCCAGAGAAAGCUUUAGCAUAAGCAAGUUAGGCCACAAAAUGUAGGAUUGUAGAGCUAUCAACUCCACUUGAAAAAAGACACCCCAGUGUAAUUGUUAGAGGGGCCACAAUUAAAGAUCUACCUUAAGGGAUUUCAUGUAUUAGCAAGGCUGGAGUUGAUUAUCUGUAAGCAAAACAUGGUUCAGUGCAUUAGAUUUAAGUCUUUAAUUUAAAUGGUUCCUGGGAACAUCUGUACUGCCACUGUCCCCUUACUCCCCCUGCUCCCAAAACAAACUGCAUUGUUGAUAACUAGGACAUAGUCUAGUAAACCCUCCUGUCCCACCUUAGAGCAGGGAAAACAAUCAGAAUGGAAGGUGGGGUUGGGGCCUGCUUAACUCUCUCCUUCCUUCCUGUACACACACAGCACCUGAGGCGAUGUGGGCAAUACUACCAGCAAGCACAGAGUGUAUCUUUUGUCCAGGUGCAGCCUACACUACUGUGAAGCCCAUCCUUCUCCCUCAAUGCUCCUCUGAAAUCCCUAAUUUCAGCACCUGUGAUGCUCUGCUGCAAGAUACCUGCUCCCUUAGUGCAAUGGUCUGUGGUUACCCUGCCAUAUUAAGUGUAAUGGCACGCUGCAUGAAUCGUGGGGUAGAGUCUACAGGAAGCUGGGGAGGCUGCAGGGUGCCUUCAGCAAAACCUUCCUUAUAUUUCACUUCAUCUUAAAAGCAUUUUACCUUGUGUCAGUGCAACCUCCAUGGGAGCUUUUGCACAACAGGAGGCAAAACUGAGGGCAAUGGGGACAAGGCAGCAACUAGACACUUGUUAACACUGCAACCACACCCAGUAAGUAUUCACAUCCUGCAGCCUUUACUCACAUAGCUGGGUUUGGUAAUAGCUACAGGACUGCUUACCUGAGUGAAGCUUGAAGUACUGGGCCAGCAUCCUCUAAUCUCAGUCCAACCUCAGGGUAAGACAAAAAAUAAACUCUACUUAGACUGGAAUGUUAAGGUUGUCUCACUUCCCCCCCCACACCCUAGUAAUUGGGUUUCUUCUCUAUUUGCUUUAUUGUUUUGUAAACUAGCACUUGCAGUCACUUUUACUAUGUGAUGUAUGGGAGUAUAUCAUAUGUUUUCUUGUUAUACAAGGCAGGAGUAUAAAAUAGUUUUCUGAUUUCUUUCAGAAGAAAAUGGCUAUUUUAUUUUUUAAGAGCAACUGAUUGUCAACCUCAGAGUAUAAAGAGAAAUAAA